AUGACGAAGGCAAACGACGGCAGCGAGCAGCUGCAUAUCGACGAGGACGGCGACGGCAACGGGCAGCAGAUCGGGCAGCAGAUCCACGCGGCAGACGGCAGCGGGCUGCAGAUCGACGAGGACGGCGACGUUAACGGGCAGCAGAUCAUUGCGGCAGACGGCAGCGGGCUGCAGAUCGACGACGGCAGCGGGCAGCAGAUCAUUGCGGCAGACGGCAGCAGGCAGCAGAUCGACGUCGACGACGGCAUCGGGCAGCAUAUCGACGACGGCAUGGGGCAAGCAGGCGGCCUUGCGUCGAGCUCUGCAGAGCGCGACGCUGCAGAGCAGGCGGCCAGUGUAGCGCGCGACGAGCCGAUCACGACGGACAGUGCCGAGCGCGACGAGCGGAUCACGGGCAGUGCCGAGGGCGACGCAGAGCGCGACUCGCUGAUCACGGACGAGAGCAUCUACGCGGCGAUCGACGUCGAGGACAGCGACGAGGAGCUCUGA